AUGAAUGAAGAGGAUGAUGAUUGCAUGAUUGGAGAAGAAGAGGAUACUGAAGUAGUAGCCACUUCUGAAAAAUCACAAGUGCCUACGGAAGUAGACAAAUCGAAGAAAAGAAAACCGAAAAAAGGUGUGUUCAAUCGAGAAUGGUUAAAAAUUAUUGAAUAUCAACAUUUUCUGAAAGAAUAUAAAUCUGAUCCAUCACAAGCAACAUGUGUCGCUUGUAAUCAACAAUUUUCUGUCCAUUAUCGAGGAAAAGCCGAUAUUGACAAUCAUAUGAAGACACAGAAGCAUCAAAAUUCUAUGAAAUCUUUUGAAAUCAAUCGUCAAUUGAUAACACAAACAAUGAAACCGACAAGAGAAAAAGAUGAAGUUUCUGCUGCUGAAGGUGUUUUAGUUUAUCAUGGGGUGAAACAUGCACACUCUUAUUUAGCUCAACAAUGCUUGACAAAAGUUUGUAAAACGAUUUUUCCAACUUCAUUGGUAGCAAAUAAUUUAUCAUGUGCUCGAACGAAAUCAAGAUCUAUUGCUGUUAAUGUAUUGGCACCAUAUUUUACUUAUGCACUACUUGAUGAUUUAAAAAAAUCGUUUUAUUAUUGUUUAAUGUAUGAUGCUAGCAAUAAAGGAAAUAUGAAAGUAUUUCCAUUUUGUGUUCAGUUUUUAUCUUCAACAGGUGUUAAGAAAGUGGAUUUGAUAGAUGAUGCUGAUGAAACAGCAAUAAAAGUUUCUUCAAAUGCACAUAAAUUAAUUAUGGACAAUGGUUUAGAUAUCAAUGGAUUAACAGCUUUAAGUGCUGAUAAUACAAACGUCAAUGUCGGUGAAAAUCAUUCGAUUUAUUCGUUAUUUAGAGAUGAAUUACCUAAUCUUAUGAAAGGUAAUACAAACUUAAUGAGUUAA